UGCGCUCAUUUGGAGAGGGAGACACACACUGUCGGGACUCCAAAGUUAGAAGGAAACGAGGCAACAUUUCCCUUCAGCCUUUUUAUCCAGAUAGUUUCGGUGCGCCUUUUUGAAAGAAAGCGCAAACAGCAAACUCUAAGCCAGCGCGCUGAAUCUGGAGACUCGUUCUGAGGAGAGAAGGCUCACCUUGAGAUUUUGUUCGGAUUUGGAUGUGAAAAGCGAGUAAGGGUGUAAGACAGAGCCGGAGGAAUGUAUCAAAAUCGGGCAGCGGUGCGGCAGCGUCUGUGGAGAUGUCCACCCUGCGCUCUCUGGAUCUCCCUGCUGCUCCAAGGCGUCCUGGACUUGAGCGCGUCUGGAUCUGAGUUUGCCCAGGACCUCAGUGUACUUGCUGCCACCUCAUGGAACGCCACAGAUGGGCCCUUUAUCCACCUUGACGCACCCAUGAACAACAUAACGACGUCGCUGGGUCAAACAGCCGAGCUUCUUUGCCGUGUCUCUGGGAACCCGCUGCCUACCAUCCGCUGGCUGAAGAAUGAUGCCCCAGUGGUGCAGGAGCCAAGGCGGGUCUCCUACCGGUCCAUGCCAUAUGGAUCACGCCUGCGUAUCCGGAACCUGGACACUACAGACACAGGCUACUUCCAGUGCGUUGCGAGCAACAAGCAUGGCAACGUUUCCACAACUGGGGUGCUGUUUGUUAAAUUUGAUCCACUCCCUACUCCUCUGUCAGGAAGGCCAACGGUGGAUCUGAAUGAAGAUGGAUUCUGCCAGCCGUACAGAGGCAUAGCCUGUGCUCGCUUCAUUGGAAACCGCAGCAUCUACGUCGAUUCCCUGCAGAUGCAGGGGGAGAUUGAGACUCAGAUCACAGCUGCCUUCACCAUGAUCGGGACUUCCAAUCACUUGUCCGAUCGCUGCUCCCAGUUUGCCAUCCCUUCCCUCUGCCACUUUGCCUUUCCAACAUGCGACCGCACCUCAGGCAUGGACAAGCCUCGGGAUCUUUGUAAGGAUGAAUGUGAGAUCCUGGAGAAUGAUUUGUGCAAGACGGAGUACAUCAUCGCCCGUUCCAACUCCAUCAUACUGAAGAGCCUAAAACUGCCGAACUGUGAGGAGCUAGCUGCCUCUGACAGCCCGAAGGCUGCCAACUGUUUAAGGAUUGGGAUCCCCAUGGCUGAGCCCAUUAACAAGAAUCACAAGUGUUACAACAACAGCGGGGCAGACUACAGAGGGACGGUCAGCGUGACCAAGUCGGGGCGCCAGUGCCAGCCGUGGAACUCCCAGUAUCCUCACAGCCACACGUACCUGGCGGUCCGCUACCCAGAGCUGAACGGGGGCCACUCGUACUGCCGCAACCCCGGGCACAAGCACGAAGCCCCCUGGUGCUUCACGCUGGAUGAAGGUGUCCGCAUGGAGCUCUGCGACAUUCCACUCUGUGACCAUAAAGACAAGUCAGGUGGCAGCAUGGAGAUCCUUUACAUUUUAGUUCCCAGUGUGGCGAUCCCCUUAGCCAUCGUUUUGCUUUUCUUCUUCAUUUGCGUGUGCCGCAACAACCAGAAGUCUUCGAGGCCUCCGGCUGCUCGUCCACCGAAACCCGUCCGAGGUCAAAAUGUCGAAAUGUCCAUGCUCACAACUGCCUACAAACCAAAGAGUAAAGCCAAAGAACUUCCCCUGUCCGCGGUGCGUUUCAUGGAGGAGCUCGGACAGUGCACGUUGGGGAAGAUCUACAAGGGUCAUCUGUACCUGCCAGGCAUGGAACAGGCGCAGCUUGUGGCCAUUAAGACUCUGAAAGAUAUUUCCACCACCCAGCAGUGGACAGACCUCCAGCAGGAGGCUGCCGUGCUGACUGAGCUUCAGCACCCGAACGUGGUCUGCCUCCUCGGUGUGGUUACCCAGGAGCAACCCGCCUGCAUGCUGUUCGAGUUUCUGCCACAAGGAGAUCUCCACGAGUUCCUGAUCAUGCGUUCACCGCACUCUGACGUCGGCUGCAGCAGUGAUGAGGACGGCACUGUGAAAUCCAGCCUGGAUCAUGGAGACUUUCUGCAUAUGGCUAUACAGGUUGCUGCAGGGAUGGAAUAUCUAGCCAGUCACUUCUACAUCCAUAAGGACCUCGCAGCAAGGAAUGUUUUAGUAGGUGAACAGCUACAUGUGAAGAUUUCUGACCUGGGUCUCUCCAGAGAGAUCUACUCCUCCGACUACUACUGCAUCCAGCCUAAGACUCUGCUGCCCAUCCGCUGGAUGCCCCCUGAGGCCAUUGCCUACGGGAAGUUCACCACGGACUCGGACAUCUGGUCAUUCGGAGUGGUGCUGUGGGAGCUCUUCAGCUAUGGCCUGCAGCCGUACUACGGCUUCUCCAACCAGGAGGUGAUGGAGAUGGUGAGAAAGAGACAGCUGCUGCCCUGCCCCGAGGACUGCCCACCAAGGUUUUAUGGUCUGAUGACAGAAUGCUGGCAGGAAGGACCAGCACGCCGACCACGCUUUAAGGACAUCUGCAGCCGCUUGAGGGCCUGGGAGGGGCUGUCAUCCCACGCCAGCUCUAGCACGCCCUCUGGUGGAGGAGGCAAUGCCACCACUCAAACAACCUCGCUCAGCGCCAGUCCCGUCAGCAACCUCAGCAACCCUCGUUUUGCCGCCGCCGCUGCAGGGUACCUCUAUCCCGCCCAAGCCAUCCCUGCAUCAGGGCAGAUGGCUCCUAUUCCUGCAUGGACACAGAUGGCUGUGACCCAAACCCAUCAGCGCUUUAUCCCUGUCAACGGAUACCCAAUCCCACCAGGAUACGCAGCCUUCCCAGCUCACUUUGCAGCUCCGGCUCCACCUACUAGAGUAAUCCAGCACCACCUGCCACCUCCUAAAAGCCGCUCACCCAGCAGCGCCAGCGGUUCCACCAGCACGGGUCACGUUAGUGGGGUGCCUUCCACCACGGGCUCCAACCAUGAGGCCAACACUCCGCUGCUUUCUCACUGCAUCAUGCCAGGGAACGGUGGAGGGCAGGGUCAGGUUUACGGACAAGUUUCCCAAAAAGGUGUGAUGCAGAUUGACCACCUUACGCAAACAUCAGCUCUACUCACUCCAGACUCAGACGUGCUGCUGUACAAUGACUCAGUCAUCACCGCAGACCUGUAAAUAGGCAGAGGAAUGCUCACUCUCUUCCUGCUUGGGACCCUUCAAUGAGAAGUUCUGCCUCUCAGCCAGGGAGCAAGAAUCCCAGUUCAACUUUGGCCAUAGUGAAAACCAGGCAGAUACAAGCUUGUUCACACUGCUGGUUGUGUAAAAAACCAUUGCUGCAGCUACAGAGGUAUUGCAAACAGAUGUCUGACUUUCCUUAUUGUUUAAAGUGUUUUUACUUUCAAGGUUUAAUAAUGCUACUAUGGUAAUCACUGUAAAUACAGUACAUAAAAGUGUUGAUUCAAUGAUAAAAAUGCGUAUAAAUAUAUCUAUUCUAAAGAACUUUUUAAGAUGAGCAGCAGCAAGUCCACCCUGCAUCCCUUUAAACAUAGAUUUUAUUAGACCCUUGCAGUAUCUGUCUCUCUUAAUAGACUGUUUCAUACAGAGACAUAAACAUUCAUGAGACUCCCUUUGGGUGCCUUGCAGCUGCGUUCCUGAAUACACAUACAGGCCCAAGAAAGCCAACUUGCUUUCAGUGAGAAGAUCAACAUGCUGGUUUCCUACUCCACCCUUUGGACUCGAGCGUGUCUGGUUCUGUGCCUGCCUGGGUGUUUACAGCUCCACAGUGAAGCAGCGGGAAUUAAUACGGCAACCACUGGGAUGCAGUUGAUUUUUUAUUGUUAAGGCCAUUCUUUCAAAUAACAGAGAUCACAUCUUCAUUAUUGACAUAUCCUACAGUAGAAAAUGACAGCUGAAUGUUUUUUUUAGUUUGUUUCAGCAUGAAUGAUACCUUCACAAAAAGCAUCUUCCUUCUGCUUAAACAGUCCUCAGAGUUGCUCAAAACAGAGAUGUCUGUUGGUCAAUAGCAUCAAACUUCAGUCCUCGCCUGACUCACAGAGAUACACAGAUUCAGCCUUUCCACAGUGAGCAGUUUUGCUAUUAGAUAUAAAGUUGAAAUAGAUAGUUUGGUUUUUCUUAAAGUCAUCUUAAAUUGAAUAUGCAUUAGUUGUCAGCUGAUUGCAGUCAAAGGGAUAACAGUUUGGAGAAUUGGAGAGAAAUUCCCAUAGAGGAGUCAAGCUUGCAGCUAAUCAAAACAGGAGCCAUGCUAGAGUGAAUUUCAGCAAUCUAAACUCAAAUAAAAAAUUUUUGCACCUGAUCACUUAUGCAAGAAGCAGUUUUUGCUUGUGUUUUUGCCACUAGUGGCCUUUAUUGAACAGCAGUUUGACAAGAAAGAGGGUGAAGAGAGAAGGAGGUGACAUGCCCCAAAUCAGGAAUCAAACUUAGGACAACCGCGUCGAGGACCAUAGCCUCUGGACCUGAUAUGCCUGCUCUAUCAGCUGAGCCGCCCAACAACCCAUAAUCUGUUUUUGUUGUUGUUAUUUUCUCAACCAAAGAACAGGUCUCAGUUUGCCUCAGUCUAAUUAAAAUGUAGUUAUGUUGAAAAAGUCCCGGGGAGUUAAGAGGAUGUGUGAGACAGAAUAGAGAAGAACUGUUAGUGACAGCAUGGCUCUUGGUGGACUUGGUGGUUCAAAAGCAAUAGGAUCCUUUAGCAGCCACAGUAGCCGUUAGCACACUACCUGAAUAGAUGUUAAUCAUACAAAUGCAAACUGUUUGAUUCGAACAAUCUGAGACUUAAAAAAACUUAAUCAAAACUUUCCAAUGUGGAGAUUUUGGAAUUCGGUGUAACUUUGUGUACUUGACAAACUAUUGUCAAACUUUCCAAAUGCUUUCUAUUGCUCUUAACGUUGGCCACUAGAAAGAAAUUGUCUUUUCUUUGGCCAAACUGGCCUCCACCUUGCUGCAAUUCACCUUCAUGUCCUGAAAUGGUUGAGGAUUGAGGAGAAAUGACAAACAUUGUUGAAGGAUAAAAAACUGACAAAAGUUUAAAACUAGCUUUGGUUCCAUUUUAAUUUGCCUGUAAUAAGGGCACCUACUGUUGUGGCUUAGGUAUUUUAAUGUUUUUUUAAACAUUUCUGCAAACUCUGUUUUUAAAACAGACAUUUUAAACUAUUGAUUAAAAAUUAUGAAAAAUGACAGUCAGGGCCAUAAACAGCUGUUUCGGUUGAGGCCAACCUCCUAAGAAAGUUAGUUUGAGUUGUUUUGAAUGAUUGAAAAGUGCUGCUAACUUAACUCCCUAAUGAGAAUUUAUUUUAUUUUUAUUCAAACUAAGAUUCCUCUGACACCUGUCCUGUUAAGGGCAAGGUACUGACUAGCUAAUCCAAACACCCUUCCUUCAGAAAAAAAUACUCACAACUACCACACAAAACCCUAAAUUAAAAAAACAGGAAAUAAACCAUCCCAUCCAGCUCUUCAAACCCAUUUAAACCAACACAACCAUCUAGAAAUAGUUUUGACUGAAGAUGUUUUAAUGCUUAAUUAAAAAUAUAUAUAUAUUGUUUUCUGGUUCUAUUUUAUUUUUUCAUGAAUUUGAAAAACAAUUCCAUCCAGGAUAGCAGUAUUGGAAGUUUAAUUGUAAAACACACAGUGCCUCUGUCAGAUGAUAUCACCCUGGAACAUUCUGGGGCCUCUGCUAUUUAAAUGUGAAAAACAAUGGAUCUCAUCAUACAUGUGUUUUUUUGGCAGAUUUACUCAUUGAUUAUAUUCAUGCACCAGAUUCUGUUGAUAUAACAUUUAGUGUAUUGGCAUGCUGGGUAACAAGUGCCCCCCCCCCCCCUCUACAAUCAUUUGUAUUUAUUUUUCAGUGUCUUUACAGCCAAGUAAUAAGUUAUUGGCUCAGAUUGUCUCUAUCCUUUUCCAAAAUGAAGAAGUGUGUGUUGGAUAAAUGGUGAACUCCGUCCUUCAUUACUGUUGGAUGGUGAUGUUAAUUAAUUGCUAAAUAUGAAGCUUUUGUUAUGUUUUUUAAGGGUUAUGAUACCACAAGCAGCAGUCUAUCAAUGUUUUGACUGUCAGAAAUCCUGCCCCUUUGUAUUUGACAAUCCUCAAAAUGUAAAUGUUCACACAGGUACUCUCGGCAGUGUGUGUGUGUGUGUGUGUUGCUCUAGUGCUCUGUCACUGACUAUCAAUCAGCAGUGUUUGAGUUUUUAUGUGCAGCACAGAAUUUUUACUAGCAAAAUAAACACUUAAUUGUUAGUAUUUUACUUCUCUGGUGAGAUGAAAAAUACUUUUCUGUUUUUACUUCAAGGUGUAUGUGAUCAGUGUCUUGUUAUUGUAAAAAAAAAAAAAGGGUAACUGCUAAAAUGAUUUCUACUUUACAAAUUUCAAAAAGGAACAAUUGAAUUAACUGUGUACAAAGUAAAUUUCGAUCAUAAGUUCAGGGGUUUUAAAGAUUAUUUUUUAUGUUUUGAAGAACAAUUUAACUUCUGUCUAAUAAGUUUUUCUUCUUUUUGCCUUUCUGUAGUUUUUUGUUUUUUUUUCUAAAGUAGACGGAGCUACCUAAACAUGAGUUUGUUCACUUCCAGCACGUAACGGAUGUGUGAGUGCAAAAACCACUUGUACACAAGACUGUGAAUCUUUAUCAAGUUGUUUUUGCUGUUUUUUUGGCAAAACCAUCAUAAAUCUGCCCUUUUCAUCAUUUAUUUUUCAAGAACCAACACAGAUUUAUAUUCACAUAAGGUUUAUUUGCAUAUUGACCAAGGUAGGCCUUGUUUUUGUUAUUCAUUCGAAUAUUUUUGCACAGAUGUUUUUGUAUUGCAAAAAUCAUUAAUAUUAAAUGAUGUUUGUUAAA